AUGAUGUCUCGACCCGACGAUGACAACGCUUCCGCUAGAAGUAUCAGAAGACAGCCAUCGUCGCGCAGCCUAUUCUCCGUCCCUACUCCAAUAAAGCAGCUGUUCGACCAGUUCCCACUCAUCACGUAUCCCGUCAACGACUUCCCACAACGCGCACCACAACAUCACGACACCCAUGUACUCUAUGUAUUUACUACUAAUGGAGGAGCAAUUCGAGGCGCACCAUCGCAUAACCCAGCGUGCUUGAAGUGGCAGGCGUACCUCAAGUUUUCCAAAAUCCCCUUCAAAGUCGCUUCGGCAAACAACCAUGCCUCUCCCAGCGGCUCGCUACCCUUUGUAAUACCGUCCUCACCAGAUCCUUACAAGCGAACACAGCCUGUUCCCUCCAACAAACUGCAACGAUGGGCCAUGAACAACAGUGAGAAGGCAAUAGAAGAGCCUGGAGAUCCGCGCUACGAAGCAUACCUAAGUCUGCUAGACCAUCGGAUACGGAGAGCUUGGCUCUAUACUGUCUACCUCUCUCCCAACUUCACCACCAUCGCCGAACCUCUCUACAUCCUGCCAAGCUCCCGCAACCCCUUCGUACGCCUUACGAUAUCCCGCGAACUACGUCUGGCUGCCGAAACCGAACUGCUCAAGUUCUCGAGCAUUAUCAACGACGAGACGCUCUACAACCAGGCAGACGAGGCAUUCGCAACACUAGAGACAUUGCUGGGUAAAGACGACUGGUUUUUCGGCGCGCAAAGACCGGGCUUGUUCGAUGCUAGUGUCUUUGCGUAUACACAUCUGCUAUUGGAUGAGCAACUGGGCAAGGGUUGGGUGGACACGCGUUUGCGCGACGCGCUAACGACGCGCACACGCCUGGUCACGCAUCGAGACCGGAUACUUGCUAGAUACUUCGAAGAUGGGUCUUGA